UUCACGGUGCCUUGGAUCUGUCUCCUGUUAGCGCUUUCCCCUCUCUACGAUGCACUCUGCUUGAAGUUGAGCAAUGUCCUUCCACCUAUCAGGGGGAGAUGGAUGAGCCCCCGAACUCCUUCCGUGAGAAGUCCUUCCAGUUCCGAAAGGAAGAACAUCGAUCUGAAGGUGGGUUGCUGGGGUCCUUCUCCAGGUCACCUGAGGAACAGCCCUGUGUGCGCAAACAUUGCAGGCUCUACCACAUACUCAACCCCGAGCCGGACAAACAAUCGUUAUUCGCCUAGCGGGCAGCCAACCCCGUUACAGUUCUGCAGGCUGGUGAAGACCGGAGCACAUCAAUAUAUUAAACCAACAGGGGUGGCGCCACUCGAUGUCCGAGCAACAACCACAAAUAGGCAGAAGGACCAACUGCGUCUGACUGCGAUUUCCAUCGGACGUGGUCGGUGUAUACCCGAUUUAACAGCCUCCGUUCAUCCGUGCUGCUCGAGCUUACUGCUCCUGAGUCCAUUGUCAGAAUCUGACGGGUGUUUUCCUUUCACGACGGCGCAGGCGACAAUAGCAGGGUUCAAGAAAUUUCUCAUUCCAACACCUUCGCAGGGUCUGACUCUUUGGGAAACCUGUCCCCGCCAAUCGCAGCUCUGACCCCGCAUAGGAUGACCGGCUUUGACACCCUAUUUUAAUUAAACCCCAUGACGGGGUCGGAGUCUGUUGGCGCACCGCCGCUUAGAGUCCGUCGCCUAUGUCCAAUCCCGUAAUUCAACUGG